GGCGGUGCAGCGGUCACUGGCGCCAGCGCUCAUCCUGCUGCAGUCAUGAAGCGGCUGCUCGUUUUCACCACGGCUAUCGCGACCGCCAUCGCAGUGACGCAACGGCCUCGCCACGCAGCAGACGCAACCGGCGACCCGAGCAGUGCUGGCAAUGUCACAGUUAUCCACCUGCCACAGACGGAACCGAAUUGCAGUCAUGAUGUACAUAUCUCACAGCAUGAAUCGGUGGACAUAGGUCACGAACGCAGCUCAACGAAACCAAAAACGCAUGUAGCAGACAGAGAAGAUGAAGGACAUAGUAUCCGCCACACAGCAAGGAAAACCGUGCCCCAUAUCGGUAAUACAACAAAGCGGAAUGACAAUCACCAGCGACCGAGAGUUUUACGAAAGAGGCACAGAAGAUACAAACGACCAAUAAUAAGAAAAACCUCCUUGUCUUGGGCAACAGAUUCGGUGGUACAGACAAAUAAUUCUCCCUUUCAAUCGAGUUCACCACAGUUUGUCACAUCAUAUAGGAACAUUUACAAAUCUCCACCAGAGAACGGCAACGUAGCAGACUUUUCUGACGUACAACAAAGUUCCAGUUCAACUCAAGAUGGACAGCAUCGAUACGUACAGCAACUACAUCGUGCUGAGUCACGGAAUGACAAUGUUAGCGAAGCUAAUUAUAUAGAUACAUCUUCACAGAAAUCAAAUACGGGAGCUGUCAACGAUGAGAUUGCUACUUAUACCUUGCCUGGCUCAAAAAAUGUACCCGAAGAGAGUGUGUCACAAAAAGUAAGAAAUCAGAAAUGUCGACAACCAGUGUACGCAAACGACAGACAACGACAGCCCCUAACAGAUGGAGUAUUGAAACAAAAUGAAAAAUUAACUGACAAAAAUCAUAAUGUCUUUCAUACGAGGAAAUCAUCGGAGCAAAAUAAAAGUGUUCUCACGAACAGGUCUUUGUACAAUAGCUACAUCCAUCCAGUUUCUCACGAAUUGGGCGAUGGAGUGUCUGCAGUGUCCGUAAUCAAUCAUCAAUCACCAGGAAGAUCCUUACAUACUGGGGACACAAGGAAGCCACGUGUAAUGAAUGAAACACAUCACUUGGCCCCGUCGUUGGAGACAGAACGUAAAAGUGCUUCCUACGCUUAUCAGGAGCUACACUCAGGCUCAGGAAUAAACUUGAAAUCCAAGAAAAUGUUGUUCGAGCCAGUGGUAGCAAAAACAGUGCCUCCACAAUUGGCACGACAUACAGAUAAUGUUGGAUUGGAAGAGGAAAAUCAUACAGAGGGGUCUGCUCUACCCAAACGUCUCCCACACUAUUCGAGGGAACCUCCAUUCCAACAGUUCCCAGAACAACCGAAAGGUGCUACUAAUCCCUUGGAAGCAAAAGGUCAAGAAGCAAAUCACUUAAAGCACAAAUUAAGACAUGAGAGGAGACGCAGAAUAUUAGGCCGACAUCAGACCAACACUUCGAAAGGUCUGAACCUAUCGUCUGAACAAAGAAAUGACUCCCAUUCGCUUAAUGUCAGCCACCCCACUUAUAAUAUUUACAAUUUUUAUGGGCCUGUUAUUAUUACAGGUGGAGCAUUGUUCCCAGGCGGUUCAAACGAUACUUCUCCAUCAUCCUACGAAAGUGGCGCACUUACUAAUGGUAGCUACAAUCCCAGUAAUGUCCUUUACAUAGCUGACAAAGAAGCCGUUUCCACUCAACCUUCGAACGUCGCAAAAAAUUUCAAUUAUAGUAGCUUAGCAUACAAUGGAAUGACCAUGAUAUUUCUCCCUACUAGACUUGCCAAUAGAUUACUUCUACAGAGCUAUGAUCAUGGAAAUGACGGUUCACUUCUAACUGCGGGGAGAAGUCGUGGAUUUAGUAUUAACUCAGCUAGGACAUUCAAUCAACCAACCACCUCUUCACACUAUGACAAUCCAUCUCUUCAUACAGGAGAUGAAAUUAGCCCUCCUUCUCCCUGGCCGGAAGAUCCACACCAGGGCACUGCAGCCCACAACAAUGGGGUAUUUGAACACAACAAUGGUACACUAAAUGUGUCAGCACAUAUGGGAAAUGACCCUUCCAUCUCUGGUGCAGGCACUAUGGGUUUCAGUGGCAAAGAAUCCGACAAUGCACCAGGUAAAGCGUAUAAUGCUUCUCCUGAUAGUAAUGUGUUACAUACAGAAGCGAGUUUACCUCCAUAUACUGGUCCAGCUGGUCGAGAAAGCCAAAUUCCGUAUAGUGUGAGCUCCACAGAAAGAUCUAUGAAUCAUGGUUCACCUUUGACAGGAUACGGUAAUAGCAUAGUUAAUACAAACGUUAAUGCAGGUAUGGAGUCCAGUGACAAUAAAGACCAAAUUAAAAUUAACUUUGAUGAACCAAGUACACCUGAAAUUGGAACCGGUGUUGGGGCAUCGGUUGCAGGUAGCGUGCCAAACCAAGGAUCCCAUAUCGGAUCUGUACCUGGUGACACAUCUUUCACAGGAUAUGAUAAUAGCAUUGGUAGUCCCAACACGAAUUCAGGAAUGUGGUCCAGUGAUGAUAGAAACAAAAUUAUAAUGAACUUUGAUGGACCAAGUACACCUGAAAUUGGAACUGGUGUUGGGGCAUCGGUUGCAGGUAGCUUGCCAAACCAAGGAUCCCAUAUCGGAUCUGUACCUGGUGACACAUCUUUCACAGGAUAUGAUAAUAGCAUUGGUAGUCCCAACACGAAUUCUGGAAUGUUGUCCAGUGAUGAGAGAAACAAAAUUAUAAUCAACUUUGAUGGACCAAGCACACCUGAAAUUGGAACCGGUGUUGGGGCAUUGGUUGCAGGUAGCUUGCCAAACCAAGGAACCAAUUCCGGAUCUCUAGCUGGUGACACAUCAUUCACUGCUCCAGGCACUCAACAAGAAAGGGGAUGGAAGAUACGAGGUCGCAUUGGUUUCGAAUGGAACCCAGAGCUUUCUGGGAUCACUGAUAGUAGGAUGUUGACCACACCACCAGAAAAUGCAUGGAAUGAUCCAUGGGGAAAUUAUGGAACUUCCUAUGGUCCUACAACUGGAGCACAAAUUUAUGGCUGGAACGGUCCACCGCAACCUUACUGGCAAGACUAUAAUGCACAUUAUCCAUUCAGGAAUCAAGUAUAUGGAGGCUACAGUGCAACUGGGGGAUUCGUGCCACCUCCAUAUGCUUCACAUGGGGGAUCAGCAGGUAGAGCAGGUUCUAUGUGGAUAGAGGGUGACAUCUGGAGAGAUUAUACCCAUGGAGGGCCUGAUUACACUACAUCUCAAGAUGGCCAACCAACGACAUACUACGGACCUGGUGCUUCACCAGUUUUUGGAGAGGGGGUUAUUAAUUAUUCACCAACAAAGCCUCGCAGUGGGAGACCACUGUCUCACACUGGUGCCAGCUUAGUAGGAGGCGUCCCCAUUGGAGCAGCCAGGAGAACACCAAGUGGGCGGUACGCUGGUCGACGCCCCACUCAUAGCAAUCAGUAUUAUGGACCGCGGCCACAAGGUGGAAGCUACAAUCCAAAUUUAUUGCAUUCGUUGGGAUAAUAACUGCUGGCUAUCAGCCAAUAUUUCGUGUUUUCAUUUCUUCAUAGCCAAGUGAAAUCAAUCAAAAUAAAGUUUUAAGGGAAGCCAGCAAAAUGAGCACCACGUGGCUACUCAGUGAAAAAUAAUGGUAUCACAAAAAGCACAUGAGGUCUACAAAGUCAAGAAUAAUAGUGUUACCCUGUUUCAAAUUUAAUCAACAAUCAAGGUUUUCAGCAAACUUACUUUUACUAUUCCUCAUUCUCUGAAGACACAAUUCGCAUUAACGUCAAUAUUCCGAAUUGUGAGUCAAUUUUAUCUAGAGAGAUAUACACGUAUGUACUCACUUAUAGUCAUUUGUAUCAAUGUGAGAGACCAACAUUAAAUUUUAUAUUUACAGUGUGAA